AUGGCAGCUGAUAGCGCUAUCAGCACCAAAACCAGGGCGGCAACUGAUAAGAUAGUCUCAGGUAGGAUUCAGCCCAAGUCAGGUAGUCUCACGGGAAGGCUGCGUAUCGGAUGGAGAAGAGGAUGUGGAGCAUUGGGAGGAAAUGUCACAAAAAGGGGAUUAGAUGUGCUGUGGUCAGACAUCUGGUUGAGGUCUAGCGACCUGAGGUACAUUGUUGUUGCCUUACCUCGCAGAAAAUGUCCCAUCCCACGCUAA